AUGAGUGCCUCAUUGGAGACAAUCUUCUGGGACCAGUGCAAGGGCUGUUGUAGUGCUGAGGAUUGUCAGUGCAAGCUUGACCCCCUUUUCCCAAGAACACCAAGCACUCACUGCGAAGACAUCCUCACCAAAUCAGGCCUCAGCAAAGCUUCAAACCUUCAAAAGAAGCUCUAUGUUGUGGCACACAAAGAAGUAAAGCUGAGAAAGCGCCGAUCCAGGGGCAAGAAGAGCAAGAAGCAGGGGGAAGAAGCAGAUGUUGUCUCACAGCUGAGGGCUCGUCUGCUGGGAAAGAAGAGGUGAAGGUGGCAGUCGCUGCUCCAGUCAAGGAGACCCUGUCAGGUGGGAAGGCUCUGCUGAACAUGGGCCAGAGAUUCUCCAGUUGGGUCUCCUCCCUCAUCAAGUCAUAACUCAAUGAUAUGACUUUUGACUUUGCAACUUUUUAUGUACAUUGAAUGAGUAUUAUACAAUAUCUGGCAAUGUUUUUUUGUCGUACAGUUGAAAUGAAAAGCACUUG